GGCGCCAGGACUGAUUGCGCCCAGGCUGGUGGCCGUGGAACCGGCUGAAACCUCGGCAUGGCGGUGCCCACGGCAGCCAUGGGGCCCUCGGCGCUGGGUCAGAGUGGCCCCGGCACUAUGGCCCCCUGGUGCUCGGUGAGCAGUGGCCCGUCGCGUUACGUGCUCGGGAUGCAGGAGCUGUUCCGGGGCCACAGCAAGACGCGCGAGUUCCCGGCUCACAGUGCCAAGGUGCACUCAGUGGCCUGGAGCUGCGACGGGCGUCGCUUAGCCUCCGGAUCUUUCGACAAGACGGCCAGUGUCUUCUUGCUGGAAAAGGACCGAUUGGUCAAAGAAAACAACUAUCGGGGACAUGGGGAUAGUGUGGACCAGCUUUGUUGGCAUCCCAGUAAUCCUGACCUUGUCACUGCAUCUGGUGAUAAAACCAUUCGCAUCUGGGAUGUGAGGACUACAAAAUGCAUUGCCACUGUAAACACUAAAGGGGAGAACAUUAAUAUCUGCUGGAGUCCUGAUGGGCAGACCAUUGCUGUAGGCAACAAGGAUGAUGUGGUGACCUUUAUUGAUGCCAAGACACACCGUUCCAAGGCAGAGGAGCAGUUCAAGUUUGAGGUCAAUGAAAUCUCCUGGAACAAUGACAAUAACAUGUUCUUGACAAAUGGCAAUGGUUGUAUCAACAUCCUCAGCUACCCAGAACUGAAGCCUGUGCAGUCCAUCAACGCCCAUCCUUCCAAUUGCAUCUGUAUCAAGUUUGACCCUAUGGGGAAAUACUUUGCUACAGGAAGUGCAGAUGCUUUGGUUAGCCUCUGGGAUGUGGAUGAGCUAGUAUGUGUACGAUGCUUUUCCAGACUGGAUUGGCCUGUGAGGACCCUCAGUUUUAGCCAUGAUGGGAAAAUGCUGGCAUCAGCAUCGGAGGAGCAUUUUAUUGACAUAGCUGAAGUAGAGACAGGAGACAAACUAUGGGAAGUGCAGUGUGAGUCCCCAACCUUCACUGUGGCUUGGCACCCCAAAAGACCUCUGUUGGCAUUUGCCUGUGAUGACAAAGAUGGCAAAUAUGACAGCAGCCGGGAAGCUGGGACUGUGAAGCUGUUUGGACUUCCUAAUGAUUCCUGAGAGGGGGACCUGACGUAAGGAGAGGAAGACCUGCAGAGACACUCUGUAGUUUGGUCUGCUCUCUUGGAGUUGGUGGAUACCAUAAAUAUUUGUAAAUUGGUAAAAAUUAUAAAAGUCUUUUGUGAGGCUGCCCAUUCCAAUUCCCUUCCCAUUUUUUGUGUUAGCUGUUUCCAUUUUUUCCCCCCAGUACCAGUUAGCUAAGGAGGACUUUGCACUAUGGGACCUCCUAUCUUCCCUGAUUUUAGAUAUGUGGUAGACUUUGUUGAACUUGAUGCUGCUUGAGUAAUACCUAGUUUGGAGAGAGGGUGGAUGAGGAUGGAAACUUUUUAAUGAUUAAGAAGGAAAUAUGUGUGUAUAACUUUGAGAAUUGAGCAUUUAACACAACUGACUUUAUUAUGGAGUUUUUGGACUUACAUAGAUAUGGUAUGAUUAUUACAGGAAGACAUUGUAUUGUAUUGUUUGUAUUUUUUUUUUUUAAAUAGAGUUUUAGUAGUAUAAUUCUGUUUAGUGUCCUAACCAAAGAACCUGAAAUAAUAGGAAGAAAGCAUUUAGUGCAUGGACUCCAGCAAUCCUUAGACAUCAGUUGUUUCUGUUAAUAUGUGUGUAUGCCUGGCUUCAGUACACACAGGAUUUAUAGACAAAUUAUGACAAACACUGAUGAAAGUUAUAAAAUAUAAACAAAGACAAAAUCAAGAUAAGACAAACAUAAACUAGAACGGAAAGUUUUGACUGGGGAAAUUAAAUAGUAAUAUGUAAAUAUUGUUGAAAAGAAAAACAUGCCAGCUCCUCAUGGAAAGCAAAACUUCUUACCUUAAGAGAAAUGGCUCAUGCAGGGACUUGUUACCUACUAAUGAUAUUUUGAUUUUCAUUGUUUCUUAAUGUUUUUUGUCAUUAAAAAUAAAAAAAUA